AUGGCAACAUCUUUCAGUAGCAAACGGUCUGCAGGUUGUCAGAGCUCCCGUUCUACUGAUGAGGUGGACAAUGAUGGCGUGUCGCUCUGUGAUGGUUCCAUUACGACGGUGGAAAAGAAACGAAAGAUUGCGAAGGGCAAAAGCCCCAGUAUUCUUUAUGAUGAUAUAGAAGAAAGAAUUAUGGACGAUAAAGGCACAAUGCCUAGCAAGCAAAUGAGCAUUGCAAACCUUAUUAGCUCACCAUUGACACCCGUAAUAAGCCAUGACAGUGAACGAGUGGCUUCGAAGACUGUGAACGACGUCACCAUCACACCUGAACAGAUCGAGGAUGAGGUAGAGACGACGCAAGAGGUUGACAAGACAGCAUCAUCUUUGAACAUACCAGCAGUGUUCCUGACUACUCAAGCAUUUGCGAGUCCAAAAGACUUUUUUGUUUUUCUACCAGAAGAAGCAGCUGGUGCGAGUCGGGGACCAACAAAAUCGAUAGACAAGACUCAUGUAGUUUGUACGUUGUGCCAAGUUAGCAUGGGCAAUCGUGCUUACACUCUCAAGAGACAUUUACUUCGCCACCAUCGACACGUGUUUCGUGUUGGUUGUUCUGUCAAAGUUGAUGCGUUGUCAUCGGCAAAAAUUAAGAAUCAGGUCACGAAAAGCAGCGUAGACACUGAACAGGUGGUGGUACCAGUGAGAACAUCUCCUGGCUCAGUAAUUCUGGAUGCGAAGAGUAACAAGAUGAAGAAAAGUGUGAAUGAUUGUACUCAGAAGCAUCAUGAUGCUUUCGUGAGUUGGCUUAAUUCGGAUGUGAUACCAAUGAAAGCUUUAAAGAGCGAGUUCUUUCAAGUGUAUUUGUCGUUAUUGAAUCCAAAGUUUAAGAUGCCACAAGUUAUUAUACAACCACAGAAACUGCAAAUGUAUCACCAAUUGGAGUCAAAAGUUGACGCUGUUUUGACAAGUGCUGAUGUCACAAGGAAGUUGCAUUAUAUGAAAGGAGUGUAUUUGCAAGGCAACGGGUCGAAUGCACAGCUAAAAACGGACCUCAUAACACCAAAGCCAGAACCUCGAGAAGCUUUAAUCGAAGUUUUACGAGCAGGUAUUUGUGGUACAGAUUUACAAAUGGUUAACAAUUACAAGACAGGGUUUCAGGGUGUUCUUGGACACGAAUUUGUAGGAAUUGUACGGAAACUUGGCGUGAAUUAUAUGAAGGACGAGAAAAUGCAGCAAUUUUGGAUCGGGAAGCGCGUCGUAGGUGAGAUUAAUGUUCCGUGUGACACUUUAAAUUGUAUGACUUGCAAACUCGAGAACAAGCCAAGGAGUGAUAAAUUAAAUCGUGAAGAAAUUUUACGUCGCAAUCACUGUCCGAAUAGAUCCUGUCUUGGCAUUAUUCAGAAAAAUGGUGCUUUUGCUGAGUACAUCACUCUUCCCGUUGCGAAUCUGUAUAAGGUUCCUGACGGAGUCGUGGAUUCCCAUGCUGUCUUUGCUGAGCCUCUUGCUGCUGCAUGCCGGAUUCUAGAACAACAAAUUAUUAAACCAACUGAUAACGUUGUUGUUCUUGGAGACGGCAAAUUAGGUCUCCUGGUAGUAGACGUUUUACAUGCCUAUAAAGCUGCAAAUAUCGUAAUUCUUGUGGGAAAGCACCGCGAGACGUUGGCACUUGCGAAAAAACUGGUAUAUACGGCUUACACAUUAAAAAGUGAUGAUACUUCUGAAAUGACGAUAGUAGCGAAUCGUUUACACAACGAGAUAGCACCAAUUGAUGUUUGUAUUGAAUGCACUGGAUCUCCUGGAGGUGUUGCAUUGGCUCUUAAUAUUGUACGUGGAGGUGGCACUGUGGUGAUGAAAUCGACAUGUUCGAUCAAACGGUCAACGUUAGACGUCCGAGCAAUGUUAAACAACCGAGUUCGAGUAAUUGGCUCCCGAUGUGGCCCCAUUCCAUGGGCAUUGCAUUUACUUAAAGAGAGAAAAGUUGAUGUGCAAAAGUAUAUUCACGGAGUUUACCCGUUGGAGCGAGCCGAAGCAGCACUAGCUCAUGCCGCUAAGUCUGGUGCUCUAAAAAUUCAAAUUAUUAAUCAGGUGACAGAAGAAUUACCUACUUGA